AUGAUUCCUAAGCCAAUAUCUUAAGCUCAUAGUAAUUUGAUAAAAAAUUUUAUGGAUAGUAACAUUUCUAGAUAGAUUACUAAAUCUCAUAAUUUUCUAAUUGGAAUCGAUAAGUAAGGUUGGGCUAUUCCAUAUUAAAUUAAACUUCAAACUUGCAUGAUUGGUUUAUCUGAUUAUGGAGUAACUGCUUAGAUUAAAUAAAUAUAAGAAGGUUUUUUAUAUUUGUCUGUAGAUUUAGGAAAAAAUUUUAAUGUAAUUACAUGCUCAUAGAUGCUUUUUAAUACUCUCUUUAAAGAAAAUCAUAAUAGGCAUUCACUUGAUUAAAUAAGACUAGAUUUAUAUAUGCCAACUUUAGCUAGCUUUACUAAAAAAAAACAAUAUGAAAACUCUUAUUAUGAGACAAUAUUUGUGAAACCAAAAAAUAAAAGCCAAGUUCAAUUUGAUAAUUUGAAAUAAUCACCAGAAUUUAUAGAAUUACUACUGUAGAUGGACAUAUUUAAAAUAAUAGCAUAGUGCACAUUCAUAGAAAAUAAAUUUACUUAAAUUUUAUAAUUAAAAAUUAAUGAAGUAGAUUUGAUUGAAGAAAAUGACUAUAAAAUAGAAUUUUUAAAAUAAACAAUGGACCAUUUAGAGCAAUUCCAAUUAAUUUCUUAAGAAUUUACUCAAUAGCAAAAGUAAAUUUUAGAUUAAAAAAGCAAAUUUUUUGCUAAAUAAAAACAAAAUUCUCUCACUUAAAACGAAAUUAAUGAAGAUAGUAGAAAUUUUAUUUCUGAAAAAACAUAUAGUGGAUCUAACAACAGCAAUUUAAAAUAUAUUUCAAAUGAAAAUAUUAUUUAAAAUUCUAGAUAAACGAUCUAAUAACUGGAUUUUACUUCAAAAAGUUAGCAAAAUAGUAUUGUAGAAACUACAAAACUAAAAGAGUAUUCAUAAUAAUUCAGCUACUACAAAGUUUAAGAAGAAAAUUAAGCUGAAAACAAUACACCUUAGUAGAUUCAAGCAGAAAUAAGUAGUUAACCUGAAAUUUUAUUCUCCUCAAUAAAUAUUUUAAGUACUAAAAGGGAUAGUACUAAAAAUAUCUAAUAGUAGCAAAAUUUGGUUUCUCCAAAUAUUAUAGCCAAAAAUCCAAUUUUAGAUUAAAAUUAUCAUUUUAAUUCUAUAGAUACAAUUGAGUAAUUUGCUUUAGAUAACUACCUUAAUCCAAAAAACAUUAGUCACUUUCAAACAAAUUUGAAUUUUGAUUAAUUUAUAUAAAAGUCUUAUAAAAUUGUUAGCAGGAUGAGAUAUUUAAGUUAAUCAAAUAUGAUUAAAUCAUUCAAAUAAAAAGUGAAAUCCUGUGAAUUGAACUUGGAAACGAAAUCUUUUAUUAAAACAAAAACCCUAAGAGAUAAACAAAAGUAAUUCAUUAACAAAAAGAUUGGAUCACUUCAAAAACUUCAAGAGGCAAGCAUAUAAUCUUAGAAAUCUGAAAAUUCCUACAAAAAGUAAAAUAUUUUUUUUUGA